AUGAGUAUGGUGUUCACAGGACCUGACAUUUACGCCCGUACACAUUCAUUGCGCUGUAUCUCCUCUGACAUCCUCGAGAUAUUGGCCAUGGAGUUCUGGACCUGGCAUGCAUCCGACAAUUCUCUUGCAUCGCUCGGCAGCAGCCAGCUGCUGAAGAACAUCCAAGCCGCAGGCUUACAUAUCGUAGCUUCGUCUGAACAGCCGACUGCGCUCCGUGAAGACGAGUUCAUGUUCUUUGACAGCAGUAUCGACGUCUCACAUGUAGAAGCCCCAUCCAUCACUCGGACUUUCCAGGAGACGGAGGCUAAGAUGGCGAAGCCUACGUUAGGGAAAUGUGGACGGCCUAUCAAGGACUGACCAUCUCGAAGGGCAGGGUGAUGUGGAGCAUGAGGACGGAGACGAAGACGGCGCGGGCGAGGACAAUACUGAUUUGCAUUCUGAUGGGCAAAUUCAUCGAUUUCAGUGUUAUUCCUUAUACCUCUGCCAAAGAAGGGUG